GUGUUCGUCCGGGUGUAACCAUAUUAUAUGAUUCUUGGUGAUUCGUGCACUGCGCAUUAGCUUCGAAAAUUCGAUCAUUGCACCAUUAGAAUAUAUAGAUAUCUCAUAAAGACGAAAACUGCUCCGUCACGUCUGUCGAGACAUUCUUAAAACAUAACAAUGGCAGACAUCGAGGAUACUCAUUUUGAAACUGGAGACUCAGGUGCCUCCGUUACGUAUCCUAUGCAGUGCUCAGCACUGCGCAAAAAUGGCUUUGUCAUGUUAAAAUCGCGUCCCUGUAAGAUUGUAGAAAUGUCUACAUCUAAGACCGGCAAGCACGGUCAUGCCAAGGUCCACUUAGUAGGUAUCGACAUAUUCACCUCCAAGAAAUAUGAGGAUAUUUGUCCUUCCACACACAACAUGGAUGUACCAUUUGUUAAGCGGGAAGAUUAUCAGUUGACAGAUAUUUCUGACGAUGGCUAUCUCUGCUUGAUGGCUGAUAAUGGAGAACUGCGCGAAGAUCUCAAGAUACCUGAUGGUGAUUUGGGAACACAAUUACGUGCUGACUUUGAGUCUGGCAAAGAAUUACUUUGCACUGUACUCAAGGCAUGCGGUGAAGAGGUAGUAAUUGCCGUUAAAAACAACACCUCCCUCGACAAAUAAUUGUGUUCAGCCUGACGAUUACGACGACAGAAAGCCCAAUACACAUUCGAGCAGAUACCACCCGCUUAGCCAAUCAAUCAACACCUUUAUUAAUGGUCAACCAGGAUAAACAACAUAAAAAUUUAGAGGAAGAUGAUGAAGAGAGUGAAAGAGCGAGAGAAAGAGAGAGCGAGAGAGAAAGAAUGUCUGAGAGAGAGAGAGAGAAAAAAUAAAACGGGGCUAGCAGUUCCAAUGUAACAACAGCAACGCGCCAAUGCGAAAAGCGACUUUUAAUCGAAGUAAACAUCUACUUACUUAUUAUUCAAGAAUAUUUAAAUAAACCGGAAGAAAAGCUGGGUAUACAUUCACUCAGUUACAAUCACUAUCACACGUACACAUACAGAUAAAUAGCAUACUUAUAUGCAUAUACACACACUACAUCCACACGUGACAUAUUUACAGAGACAACUAUCCACACAUUCACACAUGCGUUGUUUGUUAUACAAGAAAGUGGCAACAACUUUUCAACAGAAAGUUGAUUGAGAAAAAUAAAAACUAAGAAAGCCUUGACAACACA